GCCUCCCACUAUCUUGUGCGCUUGGAGCCCUUCACGUCCUUGGCAGUCUCCCUUCAAGGUGGCAAAUUAGACCAUCCGGACCGGCUCUUCCGAGACGUGGCGAGCACGUGGCGGGGGUGACCACCGACAUGGCUGAUGUGAAGGAGCUGAUCCCCGAGUGGUUUUGCCUCCCAGAGAUGUUUCAGAACGUCAACGGGCUUUCUUUAGGCUCGACACAGCAAGGAGAAGAGAUCGGAGAUGUGAUCCUGCCGCCCUGGGCUGACAGCGCGGUUGACUUUGUGCACAAGCAGCGGGCGGCACUGGAGAGCGAAUACGUCAGCAGCAAUCUGCACCAUUGGAUCGACCUCAUCUUCGGGUACAAGCAGGCGGGGCAAGAGGCAGUGAAGGCGCACAACGUGUUCUUCUAUGUGACCUACGAGGGGGCUGUUGAUAUCGACUCGGUUCACGACACUGUCACUCGUCAAGGCCUGCAGGACCAGAUCAAGUACUUCGGCCAGACGCCCUCACACCUCUUCACCGCUCCUCACCCCAAGCGCAUCCCUCUUGACCGAGCCCUGCACCUGCAUACCAUAUUCCGCAAACCCAAUGAGAUUCUUCCCUAUGUGCUCCCCCGCCCCGAGACCCUCAAUGUGCCGGCCGCCCGGCUGCACGCCACGUCAGAUGCAAUCAUCACCGUCGAUCACAACGUGCCAGCCUGUCACAUCGCCGUGCACCAAUGGCAGCCCAACACGCCGGACGGCCACGGUUGGCCUUUUCUGUUCCAGCCCGGGCGGGCGUCGCUUUCGGGCGGCGCGCUGCUCCGCAUGCUGAAAAGCUCCGCCCCGGGGUUCGGUGCGGGCGGCAUAGUGGCAGGGCUAGGUAUGGGAAUCGGCGGAAGCGGCUUCGGAGGUUCGGCCGGGGCAGGUGGAGGGUUGGGGGGAGUUGGUUCGGGGGCAGGUGGAGCAGGAGGGGGAGGGGCAGGAGGGGGAGGGGGCGGAGGAGGAGGAGGAGGAAUGGCUUCUGAAACAUCGAUUUACCCACGUCUACUCGCUCUCCCUGCGAGGGGCAUUCGCCGCCCAAAGGAGCUCAUGGUGAUCACGCCGGACGGCAAGAAUCUGAUCACGGGCGGCCACGCGGACUGUUCUGUGAAGCUAAUCUCAGUGGAUACCACCCGAGUGGUCGAGUCAGCAGUGGUGCAUACCGCUCCUGUGACCUCUCUGAGCCUAUCCCCUGAAGGAGCAACUUUGGUUACAGGGGCAGCAGAUGGGACAGUGAUGCUGUGGCAUGUGAACUCCUCGGCUUCGCUCGCUGCUGCUGCUUCGAGCCUCGCUGCCAGCAUGCUGGGAACGGCGGAUAGUGCUGCUUCUCAGGGAUUCACGGGAGGGCCGCACGAUCCAUCCCUUGUGUCGUCGCCUGAAGCAGCGAGUAGGAGAGAGGAGGACGAGGAGGAGGAAGAUGAGGAGAGGGGGAAGGAGGCGCGGAGGAGGCGAGGUAGCGGCAGCGAUUCGCCUAAUGCUGCUAGUCUCGCUGGUAGGAUGCUCUCUGGGCUCGCUGCUUCUAGUCUCGCUGCCGGCCGGGCGUCUAUAGAGCAAGUCAAGAAGAAGCUGAGGCGACUGGAAGGUCCCGUGCAUGUGCUGAGAGGGCAUACAGAUGAGGUGGUGUGCUGUGCCGUGUCCUCGGACCUAGAUAUUGCCGCCUCCUCCUCUCUUUCCUCGGGCGUUCUUCUACACUCGAUUAUGCGCGGAAAGUUUCUUCGCGCCCUGCCCGGGGUCGCCCGGGCAGACGUGCUCGCGAUUUCUCCCGAGGGGCUGGUGGUGGUGUGGGAAUCAGCUAAGCGCGCGCUAAGAGUUUUCACGAUUAAUGCAGAGCCGGUGGCGGCUGUGGGGGUUCCUGAGGAGGAUGGGGAUGUGAGUGCAGUGCAGAUCUCUGCAGAUGGGUUGUAUGUGGUGGUGGGGACGGAUUGCACUAGGGAUUCGGAUGAAGGAGGGUCCAAGAGGGAGAGAGGGUCGGCCAUUUCGCUGCUUGAAAUCUUCACUCUCAAGGCCCUGUAUCGCUUCAAGCUGCCUGAGAGCAGCGAUGUGACAGCGCUAGCCCUGUCAGCAGAUAACACCAACCUCAUCUGCUCUGCUUCUGUUGUUCUCUCCCCGGGCCACCUCAUUCUCUACAGUAACCCAAUUCUAAGUGUGAAGAUGGUGGAUCAGAUGCUUAGGCUCGGAUGGGAGGGAGGAGGCCUUCAGUCAGUGAUGCAGCAGCAGCCAGAACGAGCGUCUGCUACUCCUCCACCCCCCACCAAAACCUCCUCCCCGGCUCAAAGUGCGUCAACUUCGUCCCCAGCACGAGUGUCUGGUCUAUAUUUGUAA